AUGGAGGAAGAUCUAACCAACAGCAGAAUUGAAAGGGAAAUUGAACAAAUUAGAAUAGCGUUAAAAGAAAUAAACCCCCACAAUUGCUCAGCCUCAAUGGCAGACUCAUUAGCAGACUCUCAACCUCAAGAAGGCAUCGAAAUCGAGAUUAAUAAAAUCCCAUCAAAUUUUAGCUCAAAACUCCCUGAUUUGCAACAAACCAGCGAGCAAUGAGAAUUAAACAUUCUUCUUGAGUCUGAGCGAGAAAAAAAUGCAAAUCUCGAGCAGCGACUCGCACACAAAGAUAAACUAUUAGAAGAUUUAUCUGCACUUCAAAAUGAUCUUUAUUCAACUAUAGAAGACCUUCAAUCUAAAGAAGCCAAACUAUUAAAAGAAGUUGAAAAAUUCAAGUUAAAAUUUGAAGCUGCAGAAAUUGAGUCAUUUAAAUUCAAAGAAACAGUAAAAAUUCGAAAUAAUCAAAUCGCAAAACUCAAUAAAAUAAUUGAGUACAAAAUUGGGGAGCUGAUAGAAGAAAAAUGUGAAAAAUGUGGGCUAAAGGAACAGGAAAUACAAAAAACACUGGAAAAGCUGCAAGAAAAUGAAGAAGUGGUACAAAAUUAUGAAAAAGAAAAUUGGGAAAUUAAGCAAGAUUAUGAAGAGCUGAGAAAGAAUUUUAAUUUUUAUCAAGAAAAAAGUUUUAAAUUGCAGGAGGAGUUGGAUCAUGCAAAUUCUAAGCUUGUUGAGCUCUCAAUUAAAUCACAAACGCAUUCAAAGAAAAGUAGCUUAAAAAUUGAUACAGGGAAUAUUGAAUUCAGAAAUAGUGAUAUAGAAUACUUAGCAAGUCCAAGCUCAGAAAUAAAGGAACUUCAAAGCCAAAUAAGGCUUCUUGAGGAAAAAGUCAGCCGUUCUCUUCAGUCCACCCCAAAAACUGAUGUAAAUGGAGCUUCAGAGCUAUUUAGAAUUUUAGGUGCUUCGAAUGAAAAAUCAGCAAUUAAACGAGUUUUGUAUUUAGAAAGCCAUCAUCAAAAAAAUAAAAAAUACUGCAAAUUCUAUAAAAGAAUUAUUGAACUCAUCCAGAGAUGCUCAGAAACUGCAUUAUCGAAAGAUAUUUCAUGUAAAUCUGCAUGGAAACUAUUAACAAGGCUAUUAGAAGAAUUCAUGACCCUGAAGAAAAGCACUGAUUUAAGUAUUUUGAAUAAACUUUGCGAGAUAUUUAAGUUAAAAUCUCCAGGAGAAUUGAUAGAUUAUGCAAAGAAUAUUCAACUUAGACUAGAAGGAAUUUUAUAA